UAAAACAUAUGAAUUGCAAGAAAGUACUCCCACAAAUAUUGUCUCUGACAAAGUAAUUGGGUCAUUUGUACCAAUUCCCAAAGGAGCUUAUCCAUCUUUUAUCCAGAUGUCUCAAAUGAAUAUCAACUUGGAAACACACAUUAGAAAAAGCAUAAUUGAUCAAGAAAUUGACUAUCUGAAACGAAAGGAGGAUGUCCUUGAAAUUCGUAGCAAUUAUUUAAAAGAGAUGCAAAUGCUGCAGACUUUAAGAAGAAAGAUGUUUUUAGAAUGCAUUGAUGAUAAGGAUGAAGAAUCUUUGGAAACAUUAUCAAAAAAGCUGCAAAAAGUACAAAAUAUUAUACAAGAAAACCUUAUUGAUCAGGUGGAAAUGCUUAAAGAAAGAGUUGGUGAAGAUAUUUACUGUGGAAGCACUGGGGACUUGAAAAACAAUUUUUUUCGUUUUGAAGAUUACAUGGAUAAAAUGAAAAUCAAGACGUAAAAGAAAUUUGAACUUUGUUAAAUUAUUGUUAAUAAUCACUAAAAUCAUUGUAAAAAAGGCAUAAGAAAAUAA